AGAGCCUACGCGACCGCGAGCCCGACACCUCCGGACAUGGACGUACACGGACGGAUACAAUAGGCUCGAGAAACCCUCGAUCGCAGUUCCCGGCUCCAGGUGGCCUUAUUUGGGCGACUGGAUCCUGACCUGGUUCUGGUGAUGGAGGACCCCGGCAUCCAGCGAGGCAUCUGGGAUGGAGAUGCCAAGGCUGUGCAGCAAUGCCUGACAGAUAUUUUCACCAGCGUUUACACCACCUGCGACAUCCCUGAGAAUGCUAUUUUUGGUCCUUGUGUCCUGAGCCAUACUUCCCUAUACGACAGCAUAGCUUUCAUAGCUCUCAAGUCCACGGACAAGAGAACAGUCCCUUAUAUCUUCCGGGUAGACACCUCGGCGGCCAGCGGUUCCUCCGAAGGUCUCAUGUGGCUGCGUCUGGUCCAAUCAGCCAGAGACAAAGAAGAGCAGAACCUUGAGGCCUACAUAAAAAACGGACAGCUCUUCUACCGCUCUCUCCGCAGGAUUGCCAAAGACGAGGAGUUGCUAGUUUGGUACGGGAAAGAACUGACGGAGUUACUCCUGCUCUGCCCCUCUAGAUCCCACAGCAAAAUGAACGCAGGGUCGUCCCCUUACACAUGCCUGGAAUGCAGCCAGCGUUUCCAGUUUGAGUUCCCCUAUGUGGCGCAUCUGCGCUUCCGCUGCCCCAAGAGACUUCACAGCGCAGAUCUGAGCCCCCGAGAGGAGCAAGGCGGCGGCGUGGGCACCAAGGAUCACGGGGGCGGCGGCGGCGGCCCAGACCAGCAGCAGCCGCAGCAACAGGACGCGCCCCUGGGUCCCGGCCCCAAGUUCUGCAAAGCCGGCCCUGUCCCCCACUACCCGGCCCCGGCCCCCGAGGGCGGUAACCCGCCCGCCGCCGCUGGAGGCGGCGGCGCGAAGCCGUCCACGGACUUUCACAACCUGGCGCGGGAGCUGGAGAACUCCGGGGGAGCCCGCCGCUGCUCCCCGGCCCCCAGCCUCCGGAGCGGCAGCGGCCACCAGGAGGCGGAGCUGAGUCCCGACGGCGGCGCCGCGGGCCUGGGCAAAGGGAAGAGGAAAUGCGCGGAGGAGGCGGCCGAGGCCGGCGGCGCGGGGCUGGCCGGGGGCCGCGGGCGCUUCGCCGAGCGGCCCCUGCCCGCCUCCAAGGAGGACUUGGUGUGCACGCCGCAGCAGUACCGCGCUGCCGGCAGCUACUUCGGCCUGGAGGACAGCGGCCGCCUCUUCGCGCCGCCCAGCCCCGAGACGGGCGAGGCGAAGCGCAGCGCCUUCGUGGAGGUGAAGAAGGCGGCCCGCGCGGCGGGGCUGCAGGAGGACGCGGCCGCCGACGGCGGGAGCUCGGCCGCCGAGGACCAGGACGCGGGCGGCGGCGGCGGCUCGUCCACGCCCGUGGCCGCCUCGCCGGCCGGCGCCGAGCAGCUGCUGGCCCCGCGGCCCGGGGGCGCGCUGCCGGGGCGGCUGGAGGGCGGCAGCCCGGCGCGGGGCAGCGCCUUCACCUCGGUGCCGCAGCUGGGCGGCGCGGGCAGCCACGGCGCGGGGGGCGGCGCGGGCACCGGGGCCGCGGGCGGCGCGGGCGGCGGCCAGGGCGCCGCGUCGGACGAGCGCAAAAGCGCCUUCUCGCAGCCGGCGCGCUCCUUCCCGCAGCUGGCGCCGCUGGUGCUGGGCCAGAAGCUGGGCGCGCUCGAGCCGUGCCACCCCGGCGACGGCGUGGGCCCCACCAGACUGUACCCCGCCGCCUCCGACCCUCUGGCCGUGAAGCUCCAGGGAGCCGCGGACCUGAACGGAGCUUGCGGGGCCCUGCCGGGCGGCGGCGGCGGCGGCGGGGGCGGCGGGGGCGGCGGGCUGCCCAAGCAGAGCCCCUUCCUCUACGCCACCGCCUUCUGGCCCAAGAGCUCGGCGGCCGCGGCGGCCGCGGCGGCGGCGGCGGCGGCGGGGCCCCUGCAGUUGCAGCUGCCCUCGGCGCUGACGCUGCUGCCGCCGUCCUUCACGUCGCUGUGCCUGCCGGCGCAGAACUGGUGCGCCAAGUGCAAUGCCUCUUUCCGCAUGACCUCCGACCUGGUGUACCACAUGCGGUCGCAUCACAAGAAGGAGUACGCGCUGGAGCCCUUGGUGAAGCGAAGGCGGGAGGAGAAACUCAAGUGCCCCAUUUGCAACGAGUCCUUCCGAGAGCGCCACCACCUCUCCAGGCACAUGACCUCGCAUAAUUGACCCUGGCGCAGAAGACCCCAGCUUUCCACGCGCGCACACUCACAGGCGAGCCACCUGCAGGGACAAACACUCGAGGACAUCCCCCACCUCUUUGUGACCGGAAACGUCGUCGCACCCAGAGAGGCAGACACACACACACACACACACACACACACACACACUCACACAGUGCUCUCUCCCCGCCUUUACCUCCAGACGUUGACCCGAGCCCUACACACACACACACACACACACACACACACACACACAGAGGAUGGUGGACUUUUUUGAUCUGCUGGGUUGUUUGAGGGGUUUUCCUUUGAAUGCACGCAUUUUCACUUUCCCAAAAACAAAGGUACAUUUUUUAAAAUGUCAUAUAUUGCAACAUAUUGAUGCAUUUGUCAUACGUUUCUACUUAAAUUAUUAAGCACUUACGGUUUAGAUGUAAUAAUUAUAUGUAAGGGCAAAUUUUAUUUUAGAUAUAAAGUCAAGGAGGAGAGGGAGAUGCUUUCUGCAUUUCUUGGUUACAGUUUGUGUUCUUACAAAAACAAGCAAAACACGUAAAAAGGGCGUCCCCAUUCAAUUUAAGUUUCCGAGGAAGUGCAUGUAUCAUGAAAUGAUUAUGGACUUCAGUGAAGAAUGUCAUCGUUAUGUAAAUACGUAUUUCCUUUUAAUACAAAAUGUAAUUUUGUGCCAGUGAAACGGAGUCUGAAUAGUUAUGUGUUUCUUUUAUCCCUGGAAAGAUUUAUUAAACUUUAUAGAUUAUCUGGGUAUGUUGGAUGCUUUGACAAUAAAUGACUAUUUUCUUCAAAGCAA